CCCCAAUGCCCGGCAACAGCGGCCGCCGGCGCAAGCGAUGGGCGCGGCCUGAACGAGGGCACGGCACGCGCUGCGGCCCCUGUGACCAACAGCCAGACACAAUGUCGGCACCUGGAGAUCAGGCCAUGGGUGGCACCCCCCACCCAGGCCUCUCUCCAGGGCCCGGCCCGUCCCCCGGCACCAUGAUGGGUCCCAGCCCUGGCACCAUGCUGGGCCACAGCCCUGGCCAGAUGGUGGGGCCUAGUCCUGGUGGGGCCAUGAUGGGGCCUUCACCGGGACCCAUAAUGGGGCCCAGCCCAGGACCUGGACCCUCACCUGGCUCCAUGCACGGAAUGAUGGGCCCAAGCCCCGGACCACCACCCAGUGGGCACCCCAUGGGCAUGCCAGGCGCUGCGGGCUACCCACAGGAGAGCAUGUACCCCAUGCACAAGUCAAUGGAAUCCAUGCAGGACAAAGUCAUGGUGGACGAUCCGCGCUACGGACCGAUGCGCCCGAUGGGCAUGAGGCCAACGAUGUCGAGCCUGCCUCCACCGCACAGCCCCAUGGAUCAGCAUUCCCAGGGUUACCCGUCGCCACACCCGUCUCCGAUGAGCGGUGCCGAGCACGCCUCCAGCCCCAUGCAAGGCGGCAUCGCACCUCCGCCAGCCGCUGGUCCGUCUGGGACGCCCGACCCAACACAGGGCGCCGUCGCAAGCAAGGGCACCUCGCCCUCCUUCAGCCCCCUCCAACUGCAGCAGCUGCGUGCUCAGAUCCUGGCUUACAAGCUGCUUGCCCGGGGCCAACCCUUGCCCGAGAACCUGCAGCUGGCUGUCCAGGGCAAGCGGCCGCCGCCGGGACCACAGUCGUCCCACCAGGCGCCCCCGCCCGGUCCCCAGAACCUCCCGCCGCAGUUCAGCCGUCCACAUGCAAUGGGUAUUUCCCCAAUGCCUGGAGGUGCAGUACAAGGGCCUAUGUCCACUGGCAGUAGCAAGCCGUGGUCUGAAGGUCCCUCGCUGAGUUCGGUGGUGUCGAGCAGCACGCCCCAACGCCACCCGACAGCCGGCCGACCCUCUCCUGCCCCACCACCCUCCGUGCCCCCGACAUCCGUGCCGGGCGGAGUGCCGGGUACCCCGCAGGGGCAGUCGGCCCCCCACCCACAGAUGACGCCGCAGCCUUUAGGGCCCGGUCCAACGCCACACGGACCGAUGGCCACACCGGGCCAUGUUGGGUCGAGCGUGCCGCCUUUCCAGUUACGCCAGAACCUCAUCACGCCAAUCGCCAAGCCACAGGGCCUCGACCCUGUAGAAAUCCUGCAGGAGAGGGAGUACAGGCUACAGGCUCGCAUCGCCCACCGCAUUGAGGAGCUAGAGAACCUGCCUGGAUCACUGCCGGGCGACCUGCGCAACAAGGCCACCAUCGAGAUCAAGGCGCUGCGCCUCCUCAACUUCCAACGCCAGCUACGGCAGGAGGUUGUUGCCUGCAUGCGGCGCGACACGACGCUCGAGACGGCGCUCAACGCCAAGGCGUACAAGCGCAGCAAGCGGCAGACGCUGCGCGAGGCGCGCAUCACCGAGAAGUUGGAGAAGCAGCAGAAGAUCGAGCAGGAGCGCAAGCGCAAGCAGAAGCACCAGGAGUACCUGAAUAGCAUCCUGCAGCAUGCCAAGGACUUCAAGGAGUUCCACCGGACGAUGACGGCCAAGGUGCAGAAAGUGACUCGCGCCGUGGCCACGUACCACGCCAACACAGAGCGCGAGCAGAAGAAAGAGAAUGAGCGCAUCGAGAAGGAGCGCAUGCGGCGCCUCAUGGCAGAAGAUGAGGAAGGCUACAGGAAUCUUAUCGACCAGAAGAAGGACAAGCGUCUGGCCUACCUGCUCAUGCAGACGGACGAGUACAUUGGUAAUCUCACGGACCUGGUGCGCGAGCACAAGAUUCAGCAGGCCGCCCGUGAAAAGAAGAAAAAGAAGAAAAGGAAGAAGAAGAAGCAGGAGGAGAAUGGCGAGAAUUCUAAUUCAGGGAUGGGUCCGGAUGGAGAGCCACUGGAUGAGAGCAGUCAGAUGAGCGACCUUCCGGUCAAGGUCAUCCAGACGGAAUCGGGCCGCAUCCUCACAGGCCCGGAGGCCCCUAAAGCCAGCCAGCUGGACACCUGGCUUGAGAUGAACCCUGGGUAUGAAGUUGCCCCGAGGUCGGAUAGCGAAGAGAGUAGCUCUGAAGAGGAUGACACGGAAUAUGAGGAUGAAGAUCUGCCUCAGCCGCAGGUGCCUCCUCCCGGCGAGGAGACCACGAAGAAGGGAAAGCAGUUGCCACACCCCGAGACUGAGGACGUCUCUGAGGACGACGCAAAGCACAUCAUCGAGCACGCCCGACAGGAUGUAGAUGAUGAGUACCGCAGGCAGGAGGUGAGCGGAUCGCAGUCCUACUACACCAUGGCCCACGCUGUCUCCGAGAGGGUGGAGUGCCAGUCGUCCCUGCUUGUCAACGGCUCGCUCAAGAUGUACCAGGUACAAGGCCUCGAGUGGCUGGUGUCGCUCUACAACAACAACCUCAACGGCAUCCUGGCUGACGAGAUGGGGCUCGGCAAGACUAUCCAGACCAUAGCCCUCAUCACCUACCUCAUGGAGCACAAGCGACUCAAUGGGCCCUUCCUCAUCAUCGUACCCCUCUCGACCUUGUCAAACUGGAUGCUGGAAUUUGACAAAUGGGGCCCAUCCGUGGUGAAGAUAUCUUACAAGGGUUCUCCUCUUGCGCGGCGAGCAUUCAUGCCACAGCUUCGCAGCGGAAAGUUCAACGUGCUGCUCACCACGUACGAGUACAUCAUCAAGGACAAGCACGUGCUGGCCAAGCUCCGCUGGAAGUACAUGAUUGUGGACGAAGGACACAGAAUGAAGAACCACCACUGCAAGCUGACCCAGGUGCUGAACACGCACUACAUCGCGCCACGACGCCUUCUGCUCACGGGGACGCCGCUGCAGAACAAGCUGCCCGAGCUGUGGGCCCUGCUCAACUUCCUGCUGCCCACCAUCUUCAAGAGCUGCAGCACCUUUGAGCAGUGGUUCAACGCCCCCUUUGCCUUGACGGGAGAAAAGGUGGACCUCAACGAGGAGGAGACAAUCCUCAUUAUUCGCCGUCUGCACAAGGUGCUGCGCCCCUUCCUCCUGCGCCGCCUCAAGAAAGAGGUCGAGUCCCAGCUGCCCGAAAAGGUGGAGUACGUGGUCAAGUGCGACAUGUCAGCGCUGCAGAAGGUGCUGUACCGACACAUGCAGGCCAAGGGCGUGCUGCUCACCGAUGGCUCAGAGAAGGACAAGAAGGGCAAGGGUGGUGCCAAGACUCUGAUGAACACCAUCGUACAGCUGAGGAAGAUUGCAAACCAUCCUUACAUGUUCCAGCACAUCGAGGAGUCGUUUGCGGAACAUCUUGGCUUCCCCAACAGCAUCGUGCAAGGGGCUGACCUAUUCCGCGCAUCUGGGAAGUUCGAGCUACUGGACCGCAUCCUGCCCAAGCUGAGAGUCAGCAACCACCGAGUGCUGCUCUUCUGUCAGAUGACCUCCCUCAUGACCAUCAUGGAGGACUACUUUGCCUUCCGUAGCUUUCGCUACCUGCGCCUUGACGGCACCACGAAGUCGGAAGAUCGCAGCAACUUGCUGAAGACGUUCAACGAGCCCAACUCUCCCUACUUCAUCUUCCUGUUGAGCACGCGUGCCGGAGGGCUGGGUCUCAACCUGCAGGCCGCAGACACUGUCAUCAUAUUCGACUCCGACUGGAACCCCCAUCAGGAUCUGCAAGCGCAGGACCGCGCCCACCGCAUCGGGCAGCAGAACGAGGUGCGCGUGCUACGCCUCUGCACCGUCAACAGCGUGGAGGAGAAGAUCCUGGCGGCCGCCAAGUACAAGCUCAACGUGGACCAGAAGGUCAUUCAGGCCGGCAUGUUCGACCAGAAGUCGUCCGGCCACGAGCGGAGGGCGUUCUUGCAGGCGGUGCUGGAACACGAGGAGCAGAAUGAGGAGGAGGAUGAGGUUCCGGACGAUGAGACGGUCAAUCAGAUGAUCGCCCGGAGUGAGGAGGAGUUCGAGAUGUUCAUGCGCAUGGACCUGGACCGGCGGCGAGAGGACGCACGCAACCCCCGGCGCCGGCCGCGUCUCAUGGAGGAGGAUGAGCUGCCCAACUGGAUCAUCAAGGACGACGCGGAGGUGGAACGGCUGACCUGCGAGGACGAGGAAGAGAAGCUGUUCGGCCGGGGUUCCCGGCAGCGCAAGGAGGUCGAUUAUAGCGACUCGCUCACCGAGAAGCAGUGGCUCAAGGCGAUUGAGGAGGGCAACUUGGACCUGCUGGAGGAGGAAGUGCGCAUGAAGAAGGCGCGCAAGCGGAAGCGCGAUCCCGACACGCCGGGGCCGAGCCGCGAGCGUGUGGGGGCGGCCCCCGAGCCGGAGGAGAAGGCGAAGAAGAAGCGUGGCCGCCCCCCCGUGGAGAAGCCCGUGCCCAACCCGCCCGCCCUCACACGCAAGAUGAAGCGGAUCAUCGACACCGUCAUCAAGUACCGUGACAGCUGUGGCCGACAGCUGAGCGACGUGUUCAUCCAGCUGCCAUCACGGAAGGAGCUUCCGGAGUACUACGAGCUGAUCCGCCGCCCUGUGGACUUCAACAAGAUCAAGGAGCGGAUCCGAAUCCACAAGUACCGAAGCAUGGACGACCUGGAGAAAGAUGUGAUGCUGCUUUGUCACAAUGCACAGACUUUCAACCUGGAGGGUUCCCUGAUCUACGAGGACUCCAAGGUCCUGCAGGGAGUGUUCCGAAGCGAGCGCGAGAAGGAAGAGGAGAGCGAGGAGGAGAGCGACAGCGGCGAGGAGGACGAGGGUGACUCCGACAAUGAAAGUCACAGCGUGAAGGUGAAGAUACGGCUGGGACGGCGGGACCGCGGGCGCGACAAGGGCAAAGCGCGCAAGCGGCCGAGCCGCCCCGCCAAGGUCAAGCCCGUGAUCAGCGACGAGGAGUCCAACGAGUCUCAGGACAACCAGGAACGUUCGGAGGGAAGCGGUGACACCGAGGAGGAUUGAAAUCGGCCGACAGUUGGAUUGUGACCAUCCCCCGGGCUUUGCAAACUUUGUGAUAAUGUACCACUUUCCUGGAUGGCGUGGAAGGCCUAUUAAUGUGCAUUUUAGAACACAAAUACGAUUUUCACGCCUCUGCUUAUUUGCUUUUUUUAUGCCCAAAGUGAGUGGCUUUCAAUGCUUCAUUUUUUCGUGUGCAUGUGUUACAGUGAGUGUCCAAAAAAAAUAGCUGUUGUUUUUUGGUUAUGAGCAGCCUAGUCUAGCAACAAUUACCCUUCGGUCGGAUCUUGGCAUUUGGGAUGCGUCCUCUUUACCAGUGAACUUGAAAGGCAUUGCAACAACUUUUUCGUGUACAUGCUGAC